GACCUUUUAGGUAUUUUCUUCGGUAUUUUUCCUCCGGCAUAUCUUAUCGAUAACUUAUCGGUCAGACUGAUGACAGUUGUAUAACCUCCGCCGAAAAUAUUUUUUCUGGCGACUGCAGCAGCUCGAAUUCCGUGCAAAUAAACCCUGAGAAAUGGCUGGCGAAGGCGAGAAACUGACCGGUCUGUCCAAGAUCUUCAAUGGCACCACCAUGAGCGGCCGUGCUAACGUGGCCAAGGCCACGUACGCCGUGAUGGGCCUGCUGAUCGCCUACCAGGUGCUGAAGCCCAAGAAGAAGUAGGGCGCUCCACCGCUCAUCUGCCGCCUCCGAAGUUUUGGGUCCGCGGAUCCCGGGGACCCACCGCUGGAUCCCGGUUCCCGGAUCAGUUUAUUUUAUGUGUAGUGCAAGACCUUGAAGGAAUAAAUAAGCUGAGAAUGUAACACAUUGAA